AUGAAGAACCAGAAGUCAAUGAGAGAGUCAUUCUCAUCUUGGCUGUACAUUAUGGGAGUAUUUGCUGUGAGGGAAACUGAGGCAGCCCAUCACAGCCAUGAGAUGUUUUUUACUGCAGUGGGAACGACAAAGACUCUCUUGGACUUCACCCUGGUCAGCUUCUUGGAUGAUGUAGAGAUAGUCUUCUAUAACAAAAAGCAACAGCAGUUUGUGAUCAAAGAGGCCUGGGUUUCCCAUGCCCUGGGAGCUGACUUCAUUGAAGAUAUACAGCAGAAGUUAAAGUACAAUGAGAUUGACUAUCUUUGGGCCCUACAGAACUGGGUAAAGAAUGAUAAGAGAGGGGAAAAGAACCAUACAGUCCAGAUUUGGCAUAACUGUCACCUGGACCAAGACAUCCAUGUGAGCAGUCGAGUCUGGUGUGCUGUGGAUGGCGAAGAUUUCUGCCAGAUGGAUGAGCAGAUAAGUCACUGGGUAGCCAAGAAGCCUGAGGCUGAAAAAAUCGUCCUCCUCUCAGAAAAGAUCUACUGCUCCAAGAAGGUGCAACGCUACCUGGAGGACUAUUGUGUCCAGCCAAUGAGGAAAGUCCUACAGUCAAACAUUCGGGAUAAUGUGCCACCAGAGGUGACCGUGUCUCGUUAUGAUGACCCAGAUGGCCACAUCACUCUCUCCUGCACAGCCAGAGGCUUCUAUCCUCGCUCUAUCCUGCUACACUGGGAGAAAGAUGAGCAGCUGGAUGUGGGGGGGCAGGAGAGUUCCAGUGGCAUCCUGCCCAACACUGAUGCCACUUUCCACCUCCAAAUCACCCUGAAGCUCCAGUCAAGUGACAGCGGGACAGGUUAUACCUGUGUGGUGGAGCACAAUGAGCUAGAGACUCCAGCUGUGUACCCUGUCCCUAUAAAGCCCACCACUAAGGUGGGGCUUUGGUAUGUGGCCCUGAGCAUCAUGGCGGUGAUGACCCUGUUACUGAGCAGUGCUGUUGCUUUCCUCAUAUGGAAGAAGAGGAAAACAAGUAAGUACGUGGGGCCACCACUUGUGGGGAGCUCUUCACAACCCUUAAAGCAUUGUGGAGACAUGUGGGAUGGGGAUGGUGGUGGCAGCAGUAGUCAUGGUGAAAACCGUGAAAAUCAUGGAGCUGGUGAACAAGACGGUGAUGGGAGCAGUGAUGGCGACGGUGACAAGACUGAUGGUGCUAUUGGCUGUUAUCAAUGA